AUGAACGGUAAGUUCACGGAGGUGGCGCAGGGGAGCGAUGUUGAGGACGCAAUGGAGCGCAUCGUGGGCGGUAGAAACGCCACCUGCGAAGAGUUUCCCCAUCAAGUGAGCUUCGUGGUGAACAACUCCUACUUCUGCGGCGGUUUCAUCAUCAGCGAGAGUUACAUAAUGACCGCGGCGCAUUGCGCACAAGACGUGGACCCGUCCACGGUGGUGAUGAGGAUUGGCAGCACGUGGAGGAAGAACGGCACGACGGUCACCGUGGCGGAGGUGAUACCUUACCCGGAGUAUGACAAUCCGCCGUAUGACAAGGACGUGGCCGUGAUGAAGCUCGCUGAACCGCUAGAGUUCGACGCGUGCACGCAGCCCAUCGCCCUGCCACCGAAGGCCCUGUCAGCGAGGUACGGCGAGAUCAUGACGGUCAGCGGAUGGGGACGAACUAAGGGUGACUCUGGUGGAAUCGGAACUAUUGAUAACGUUGCUCGCGGCAUCGUGUCGUUUGGACGCGGCUGUGGGCAGCCGCUGGCACCGAGCGUUUUCACCGACAUCUCCGCGCCAGAGAUGAGGGACUUCAUCACGAAGCACACAGGAUUA